AUGAAUAACUUUACAUCAAUAGGAAAAAAGAUAGUUGCUAUUGGUCGUAAUUUUAGCGAUCAUGCUAAAGAACUUGGUAAUACAGUACCCACAUCCCCCUUCUUUUUUCUUAAACCAACUUCUUCAUAUUUACUGCAAGGUGGUAGUGUGGAAGUACCAAAAGGUUCCGAAGUUCAUCAUGAAGUCGAAUUGGGUGUCGUCAUUGGAAAGAAUGGUCGUGAUAUUACAGCCAAUGAGGCACCUGAUUAUAUUGCUGGCAAGUCAAAUCAAACUGAAGCAAUAAAAAAAGGGCUUCCAUGGAGUGCGGCAAAGGGAUUCGAUACAUUUACCCCUAUUGGAGAUUUUAUUCCAAAAGAUUUGAUCAAAGAUCCUUCAAAUGUUAAUUUAUGGCUCAAGGUUAAUGAUCAAAUGAAACAAAAUGGGUCGACAAAAGAUAUGGUCUUUAAAAUUCCAACAUUGAUCGAACAUAUUAGUUCGAUCAUGAGACUUGAAAAGGGUGAUUUGAUCUUAACAGGCACACCAUCAGGAGUUGGUCCAAUUUUUGCUGGUGAUGUUAUGAUUGCAGGAUUAAAUGUGGGUGAUAAGACCUUAUCACAGGUCGAGUUUCCUGUUGUACAAAGAAAUAAACCUAAUAAAUAG